AUGCCCUGGUCUUCAGCGGAUGCGGUCCUGGAUCCAGCGCUCAAGGGUCUGAGUGCAGGUUGCCCACCAGCACCUGGAAUAGUUGAGCUGGCGGACGACUGCGCGGUGGCGAUCCGUUGCUUGACCCUAAGCGCCGCUGAGUGCGUUCUUUCAAUUCAGAGAUACAUUCCAGAUUGCCUCCUGAGCGAAGACAACAACCCAGCCGCACCGGAACUUCUCCAUGUGUUCCUGAAGAGCGCAGGUCUGAAAGGCGCACUCACGUGGGGCUUCGAUCCAUACACAUUUGCGGGGCCCAUGACGGUGUAUGCGAUUGGUGCAAAUAAUUUUGCCCUCACUUGUGACGGCACUCUUCUGGCUGAUCGGAUCAGACGCGAGAUCGAUGCUGCUGGUUCUCUUGUGGAUAGCGAUGAUGCCACCACUGAAAAUCGAUCACGCUCUAGAGACCAGCUGACUGACCUACUGGCAUUGAACGGAAUGUGCGGUCUUCCUGUCCCGGUCCGCUAUGAGAUGCUACAUGCAUGUGUCCGCCACGAUCUUGGGUCAUGUCUUUCAUUGCUCCUACAGAAACACGUUUUCGGUGUUCCGGGAAAGACGAAAGACAGGACCCCGGGCGCAUCGGUCACGAAGGAGGAACUGCAAACCCUCUGUGGUCGUGCGGCAGGUCACCGGAAUGGCCAACUUUAUACAGAUCUUGACGCAGCAGUGGGCGCCAUCCGGCGCUUGGAGGAGAAAGCUCGUGCUCGUGGCUACCCGCACUGGCAGGAUUUUGCUUACGCGGUGCGAAAUGGCUAUGCUCGGUACAAAUGCUACAUAGAUGAUCAUGUUGAAGAUUGCGAUGGAUUCAGGUGCAUGGAAAUUUCGAGUGACGACGAGAGAGACAGCAGCGAAGCUGAUAAUGACGGACUGGACGGUAGCGGCCUUGAUGACAGCGACUCGGACAAUGGUGAUGUGGGCAGUAGCGGUGCGCAUGAAAGCGAUGCGGACGAAAUCUAG